UACUAAGAAGCGUCCGGCAUCUUCGACGGAGGCUCCUAAGCCAAAACGGCCCUUCUUUAAGAAGAUGGGUCCGGCCGACGUUGUCACCAAGCCGUCGGUACCAAAACCGUCCGCUCCCCCGGCUGAGGGGGAGGUUCCUCCUAUCCAGACGCCCAUUCCUCCUCCUGCGAAAAAGGAGGUUCCUUCCCAGGUGGACGCCGAAAUGGAUGGUACUGCCGGAGCAGCUGCUGACGAGGCAGCAGUCGAUCAGACUGCGGCGGCUGACACCACCGCCUUGUCCAGAGAGGACAAGGGUAAAGGCAAGGAGACUGAGGCUCCUUCUACUGAUAAUGCCUCUACUCCUCCUGCAGCUUCGUCAAUUGUUGAGAUGUUCAAGCGGAUGCGUCGGGCCGAGGUGGCGAGCAUCCCUCCUUCUGCCGGUUUUAGCUCAGAGGCGAAGAUAAAAUCCUUGCCGAUGUGUAUGCGGCCAUCCCUGAGGAGUACGUGAGGUCACUCCCCGGGAUUGACUUGGAUUCUUUGGGUCCAUUCAGUCUCUCGUCCUUGAUGUGAGAUACUUACCCCUAUAUUUCCGUGGUUAUGAUUAUAUGUGUACGCUAUUUUUAAUUCUAUAUAAUCUUUUGGCAGCUUUUCAUUCGCUGUGCUGAGAGUAGGAACUACCGCUUUGAUAUGCACAAUGAGAUGCUCAAGCACAAGGACCAGAUCGAGAAUCAUGAGCAAUAUGCUGAGAAGACGGCCAGGUUGAUCAACUUGGACGCGGAUAAGAAGAUUGCUCUGAAGACGGAAGAGCUGAAGA